CCGAUGUCGGCCGACACCUCACCGCACGAGGUCACUGUUCGCGCUCGCACUUCCGAGCUCGGUGCGCUAUCCCAUCACGUCGCGAUGAUCGUCAGCAUCGCCAUCCGCCGGGCCCGAGGAGUUUGCCGCGCCGCCCGGCACCCGUGCGCCCCGAGCUUGCGAGGCCGGUCGUGCCAGGAGAAGCCGACCCCAGGCACAGACCAUACCCGGCAUGGCUCUGCUUACCGCCGCGGUGGGCGCCUCCGGCACGGCCUUGGGCCUGGUGACGAUCGGCAGCUUCGCGUGCCUUCCCGGCGGGAAGAAGGAGGAAGAGAUAGUCGUAAGCAGCGAUGCGUGCGCCAAGACGAUCGGCGUUGCCAUGUGCCUGCCCGCAGACAGCUGGAGGAAGACCCCUCGGCAGGUCACCCUCAUCGGCGAGCUGCUGGUGAUGAGCAGGCGCCCGGGUUCGGCGGACAGCUCCCUUCAGCUCGGCGGCACGCACGUCGAAGCGGAUGACUGCAUCGUCAAAAUCGUUUCGUUCUCUGGGGCAGUCUUGGCCACCUUCUGGCUGAACAGCCCAGUUGAAGCUGCGCGUUGGGCGGGGGAGCUGGAUUUGUCUUCCACGACAUUGCCCAAGAUGAUGAGUUUGAAUAGACAGCAGAUGGAGAAGCUCAGGGCCGAGCAGGCUCUCUGGGAGGGGAAGAUCGCCAUGGCGAAGGACUCCAGCACGCACCGGGAAAGGCUGUUGGUUGAGGUGGCCGAGAAAGAAAAGAGUAUGUCCGAGCUGACCUCGGAGAUCGAAAGUUUUAGGGACUUGCCGAAGACGCUGAGCCUCGACGGUCACCAGAUCGAGGAGCUGGAGCAGAUCGCCAAGGACAAGGAGAAGCAGGCUGCUGCGCUGCAGGCACAGCUGGACGCCUUUCAGGCGAUGCCGAAGAUGAUCAGCCUCAGCAGGAGGCAAAUCGCGCAGCUGGAGCAGAAGGCCGCGUCGGCAGAGGGCCGUGCCGCGGACCUGCAGCAGGAGCUGGAGGCGUUCCAGGAGAAGCAGAAGCGGCUGGCCGUGGAGCAGCAGCGGGUGGCGCAGCUCCGGGCCCAGCAGAGCCAGAAGGACAGCGCCAUCGCCUCGCUGAACUCGAGGCUCGCGCAGUUCCGGGAGCUGCCGAAGAUGCUGAGCAUCCGCCGCGUCCAGGCAGAGAAGAAGGAGGUCGAGCAGGACGACCGCAUCGCCGAGCUGGAGAGGCGGCUGGCGCAGGCGGCGGAGCUGCCAAAGAUGCUGAGCCUCAACAGGCGGCAGGCGCACGAGAUGGUGCAGCAGACGGCUGCCUGCGAGGCGGAGCUGGCCAGGAUGCGCCGCGAGGUGCUGCACAAGCGCGCCCAGGAGAUGCUCAAGCCCCGGAUCAUCUCGACCACCACCACCAGCUUCUACGAGGGCCCCGCAGUGGUGAAGCAGGUGGUCACAAAGCCCUUCAUCACAAUCCAGGAAGAGCAGCCACUGAGUCUCCCUGGCAAGGCGCUGGUGGGUGCAUGACCAGGCGAAUGGGCUCUUCCGCGUCACAUAUUUAAUCAUGCAUUGCGGUAGAACUGCAUUGUUUUUAGGGCACGAGUCGUCUUCGAGACGUCCCCAGUCUUCUAAGCGCUGGCGCGUUGGAAAUCACAUUCGCUUACUCACUCCAUUGCUCCCUUCCUUGCUUCCUUCACCACCUUGCUCUGCACCUCCCCCUCGCCAAGCACGCCGAGCUGCAAUUGAGUGGUCAUGAACGCGAGCGUCUGCUAAAAUUCGAUGGUGUAGCUUGUUACCUGUACAGCGCCGUUCCGACGGACAACGGACUGAAAUCUGAUUUCAGUGUCCAGCUUCUCUCAGUUUUCGGUCGCGGCAGGUCGCAGCAUUCAUGUUAGGUGGAUGUGGCCGACCUUGCUGUUCCCAUCGCUUGGUAUGGGCACGACAUCGGAAGCGGUGUUUAUCCCGCACCCUUGGUUUUCGGUGCCCGAAAACUUCAACUUCGAAACCGAACUUCUCCCCGACGCCUUGGUCACCAAGCCUUUCGGCACCCAGCCGCUUGUGGAACAGGCGUCGGUCAGUGACUGCGCGUGUCUUCGGCAUUUCGGCCUCGGCCCUGCACCGGCAGGUUGGCAAGACGGCCCCCCGCGCUCGAGGGAGUGCUCCGCUUCAUCCCCUUUCUUCGCUCCUCCUCCUCCUCCUGCUACUACUGCUGGCUGCUAAUAUUCCUCCUCCUAUCCUUCUUGACCAUGCUCAUCUCAUCGUCCUCAUCCCCCCCAUCAUCACCACCAGUUUUGCUAUUUUCACAGAUGUCGAUCGACCGUGCAGCCUGCUGAAUGUACAGCGCAUGCCCUGGGGCCACCAGCCUGGAAUCUCGUCUUCUGUACCCAGCUUCUCUGGGUUUUUCACUGCAGUACAGUGCAACGCGUCGAUUUAGGGUAGACGUGACCGGUGUUGUUGCCGCCAUCGUUUGGCAUGGGCAGGAGAUCGGGAGCACGACGGGCAAGUUGCGAAAA